CGAUCGUGCCCCACGCAGCUCUACUCCACCACACCAAAAUCCCCACACGAACCGACAUCGCCAUGCAGCUUUCCGAAGAGACCAAGGAGAGAAUCUCCCGCAUCAUUGACCUCUCGCGCGUCGCUAUCCACUACGGCUACCUGCCCCUCAUCAUCUACCUUGGCUACACUCGGAGCGAGCCCAAGCCUGCGUUGAUUCGUCUCAUCUCGCCUUUGGCUUAGACGCCAGUGAUGUGCUGAAAAUUGGGGAUGGAGGGGAACGGGGCUAGAGUAAUGCUUCUUGUACGACUAUCAUGGAAUUGAAUGUGUGGUUUCCGAAGGCGGGCCUGGCCCGGACGGCGAGAUGGAUGGCCAUAGCAGUGUAGAAUAUAUACGAAUGUCAUCCAAACCAACCCC